CUCUUAAAGGAAGUUUUUCCUUGCCACUGUGGCCAAGUGCUUUCUCAUGGGCUUCCAUGGCAGAGGACGGGCGUCCUGUGUCGGAGCUGUACCCACCGGGGGGAGCUGUUUCCUUUGAAGCUACCCUCUCUGGUCAGUCACUCUUUGACACCUCCAAGAGGUCUACACAGGCAAUAACACCCUCCAGACUGGCUGGAGGACCAGGUUACCCCUGCCAGGAGGAGCCAAAGGAGGCUGUCAGAGAGACCUGUAAAGAACAUUCAGCAACUCCUCCUAACAGAAGAACUAACUGCAGCAGUCUGAGGGUCGGAGGUGAGCCUGGUGAACAGAAACAAAGCCCAUCUGAACUCUAUGUGCCCCCCAGAGCUUUGAGCCGCCCCCAUAGUCUGGCUGAGACGCAUAAAUCCUCCCAUCACCACGAGAUAGUCAUGCAUGCAAUCAAUGACAACCCUCGGGCUAGCAGGACAGUGCACAGCAUAAAGCCGCCCUCCCUGCCUGUUCAAAGGAGCCACUCAGACACUUUAUCUCUGGUUAAACAGGGAGUGCCCCCCCCAGCUCCAGACAGUGAGACUUGUAGACUUGCUGAGUGUCACUCCAUGUUAGCUUGCAAGCAGCCCAUGCAGCUGCAGCAGUGCAACAUUAUCACCACUAUUUGCCGAGGGGAAGGUGGUGUACAGCAGCCUCAGAGCAGGUGUGUCUGUAUCUCGCCCCCCAAGGCAGCCGCCAAAGUGGAAGGUGUUGAAGGAAAGGGUGAUCUUCCCCUUAAAUGCGACAAGGCACUCUGCUAUGGCUCUUAUAUCCAUCAUGCCAAUUUUGAGGACACGUUUGCUGCCUACUGCCACCCCCAGCCCAUCCCUGCCCCCUCCCAGCUGCUGCCACGCCUGUCAGGUGUAGAGCCAAGCUGCGACAUCCAGCGUGCAGUGGGACCUCCUUCAGCGUCGAACCACCUCACCCUGCCUCGUCUCAUCUCCUCUGUCAGUGACACGGGCCUGGAUGCUAAACACCUGCUGCGGUGCUGCAACCUCAACUACUCUUGGAUCAGCUCCCUGCCUCCUGGAGCUGGGCCACAAUCCCAAAAACACUGUGGUGGAGAGGAGUGCUGCAGCAGUCCUGUUGGCCAUGUCAGAACCACCACCCGGGACAUGGGGACUGUGACAGCCCGCACGGAGCUGAGGGACGUUGGGGUGCAGACAGGACAGACUGUCACUCCUCAUGUGUUCCCCCACAUCUGUCUGACAGAGAGUCAAACUCCGAAUACUGACAGUGAUGGAGGCAGGAAACAGGGUGGUGCUCCCAAGUCCCCAGUGAAAGAGGUGAAGUGGGAUGCAGAAGGGAUGACAUGGGAGGUGUACGGGGCCUCUGUGGAUCCUGAGGAGCUGGGCCUGGCCAUCCAGAAACACCUGGAGCUGCAGAUCAAGGAGACAGCAAGCCAUGCAGCCAAGCUGUCGCAGCAGAACACCAACACCACCCGGAAGAGCGGGAACACCAGCUGUCAGAGAAAGAGGAGCAAGAUGAUGGGCUCCAUCCGAACCCCGGCCUGCUGCGCUCGCACCACUACAGCUGUCGACUAACUGACCAGCUGACUGAUGGACGGGACAGAACCUGAACACUGUGUUCAGUAGCCAGUACGGCUACUCAUAGCCUCAGCCUCAAACGCCACCCAUCUGAUCAGAAGGUCUGUGGAUGAAUCUACAAGGAUGGCCUGCAUACCAGAAUCAAAGGAAAAGCUUCACAUGAAAUGAUGAUUCAAGAUUUGUGUUAUCAUUAUGAAUGAAUGGGAAAUCAAACAAAAAAGUGCUGAAAAGGAAACUAAUGAUGAACUAACAACAGAUUUAUAUUCUGUAGUUCAGUAUUUCAGCUAUUGGAAACAUGAGUCCUGCAGCUGUGCACUGCCAGUGUUUUCAGAGGACCACUCCAUACAGGUGCGUCUUCAUAAUAAACUACUUACAGGACAUAGACACAAAGAAACAACACCUGUAUAGUGUAAAGCAAUUUGAUACAACAGGCCUGCAAUAAAUACUACUCUUGUAAAGCUUAUAAUGAAUGUGUGGGGUCACAAUACUGAGACACCUCAGGACACCUCACCCUGAUCCAACCUCACACUUGCCCUAACCCUUGACCAGUGGCUGGCUCUACCCCUCUCUCAGCUUAACCCCCCGUUGCUUCUCCUUCCCCUCCCUCUCCCCUCCCUGGCACUUUGUGGUUUUGGUGUUCCUCCUCCUGGCUGACUGGUGUCUUGAUUGACAUGCAUUGGCACAUGUCAGUGGAAGCCUGACAGGAGGAGGCAUUGACAAUUUCUUACCUAACCCUGACCCUAAUCUCUCACAUCCCAGCCUACAGCCUCAAAAUCGACCAUAGAAUCAAAUCAGCACCUCUCUUACACAGUCACAACAAAACCUGAACAUGAUAAGCACGCACAUGCACACACACUGAAAAAGGAAAUGAGCAUCGUAAUAAUACUGUAAGAAAAGUAAAAGCAGCGGACAAAUAACCUUAGCUGCUUUUUUAAGACAAUGGGGAUAGAUUGAUCAAGUCCUUAAGAAGAGAAUUCCAUAACUUGUGGCCUCCACAGUAAAUGAAUACUGUACAUGUUGUAUGUGUUGCCUAGGGAAACAAGAUGAUAGUCUUUUAUUGAGUGAGUGAUGGACACAUUUAGGUACUUCCAUGUGAUUAACUUGUUUAGUCUACCUGUAUUUCAGAAACAUGGUUUAAGCUCUUGAGUUUGCAGUUUCAGUAUAUCUUCCUUUCCUGCAUGUUUAUUAUGAGUUUCGUUAAUGAGAUGUUUUUGGUUUUGUUUUGCAAUUUUGGAUGUGAUUAAAAUGAUAUGAGGCUUCCUGGGUAUAUUUUCUUCUUGACUGUAUGACCAUACAGGAACAUGAUCACUCUUCACAGUUGUAUUUUUAACCAAAUAUACUGAAAGACCAACAACAUUUUUAAACCAUUUUAAGACUUUCUCUAACCAAUAUGCUGUACAAUGACUGUAUUCUUAUGGGAAUAGAGCAUACUAAUAUAGUUGUAUGCAAACAAAUGCACAAUGAAUCUGCAGCACUGUUCAGAUCAUUGUUAUUAACAAGAAUAAACAGUCCAUAACCAGAUCCCAAUGGAAUGGUAAAAAGAAACCAAGUGUUGGUUACACGUAACUGGCAAACCAUAACUAAGCUUCACCAUCUCCCCCAAUAAAUAUCCCAUGCUGCAUUUUUCUUGUCUUCUUAAGUUUUUAUCUAACCUUGAGUAAUUUAUGGGAUUAGGUUUAGAGUAGGGUAACCUUGGCUGUGUUGGUGUUUGAAUUGUAUGUAUGUAAAGGUAAGUUAUGUAAUGUGUUCAAAUGUGCUCAAUCCAACUUCAAAGUAUUUAAUGCUUAUUGAGUGUUGGCUUCUCAAAAAAAAAAUCAAUAAAAAGACUGAACUCA